AUGGUGAGAUUCCUUCCGCAGGUCUUCCUGCUUCUAGUAGCUGCCGGGGUCAUCCGCUGCUUCCUGCCAAACUUCGGAAGAGGUAGCCGAACGCAUUACAAUAUUACCAAGACGGCAGCCCUCCAAGCCAUCCUCACGGUCUUCCAGCAAGUUCCCAGUCCGCAAGGAAAAGUUGUGCCCCAGGGUACCUUCCAGGCUGACGGCCGUGACCUGACAGCAGAGAGACUCUUUGCCAUAUACUAUGGAGAGCCGGUGUCUGUCCGACGGUUCAGCCAGUGCAUGACGGUGAUGGGGUUGGCCAACAUCUUGGUGGACGUACUGUAUGUGCUGUCCAGCAGGAGGCAUUUUGAUUCAGAAACAAUCCUGGAGGGCAAGAAGCUGCUACUGACGGGCAAGGCCAGUGUGGUGAGGGCUAUACUGGAGGACAAACGGUUCUCUGCACUGCAGUCCAUGGGCUCCACUCUCCACACUCUACAAGAUUUCUACAGCCACAGCAACUGGGUGGAGCUGGGCUUUAAAAGUCCGAACAGGAACCUUAUCGAUCCCAGUGGGACGAUCGGGAAUCUAGCAGGUGAGGAGGCCGCAACCUGCCAGAAAUGCUCCAGCCCAGAAAGCUGCCAGGAAAAUAUCCUGUCCAACAUCGUCAGUCGCAAACUCAUUACCACCGGCUACUUCAGUCUCAACACCUUCAGCAAGCUCCCCGAAGGCAAGUGCAGUCACGGUGGGAAAUUGGAUCAGACUGUGCGUGGGAUCGGUGGGAUUAACAAGGAUACACUCACAUCUCCUCAUGGACACAAACACCUUCAGGCAGCAGCAAUCGCUACACAGGCCUCCCUUGAACUCUUCCUGGAUAUUCGAGAUGCAGUCGGUGACCUGAAAUUCCUGCAGUUCCUCUGCGUGGACCCUCCCUCUGGCAUCUCUUUCGUCAUUGACACCACAGGCAGCAUGCGAGACAGCAUUGAGGCAGCCAAGCAGAGGACAAUCGAAAUCGUGCAGAAGACCCGGAAUUCCCGAUUCCAGCCCUCCUCCUACAUCCUGGUACCAUUCAACGAUCCGGAGUUCGGGCCAGUAUUUGAGACACACGACCCCGAUCAGUUCAUUGUCCGUCUGCGGCAGUUAACGGCCGAGGGAGGGGGAGACGCACCGGAAAUGUCCCUGUCCGCACUGCAGCUGGCCCUCACCCACUCGCUGCCUCUCUCCUACAUCUACGUCUUCACCGACGCUCCAGCCAAAGAUUUUCAUCUGGCUUCCACCGUCCAGGCGCUGAUCGAGCGCACCCAAUGUAAGGUUUCCUUCCUCCUGACCAACGUCCUGUUCCGCAGACGGCGCAGCACUGAGCCCAAUCCCGGGAUCGCACUGUACCAGGGUUUGGCCCGGGACUCGGGGGGGUUGGCGGUGCAGGUGAGCAGGGACCAGAUUAUGGACCUGACCGCCAUCGUCGAGGGAUCCAUCACGGGAGAGCUGGUCACCAUCCUUCAGCGAGACGGAAACACGGAUCACCUCACAAAUGUCUUCCCCUUCCGUGUGGAUGGAGCACUGAGGAACGUCACCAUCUUCCUGUCUGGCAGUCCAGCCAACUUCCACAUCUCCAGUCCAAGAGGUGUCCAGCAGCCUCACUCUAACUCCUCAGGGACAUUGGCAACUAUUGAGCAGCUGGGAGACCUCUUCAUCAUAACGCUGAACGUAGCGCCUGAGCUCGGCGAAUGGAGCCUCACUGUACAGUCGGGGACCCCGUACAUGGUGAAAGUGACAGGACAGAGUGUCGUGGAUUUCCUGUACGAGUUUGUGGAGGCUUUCGAGGGUCCCCACCCCGGGUUGGUGUCUGUGACUGGUCGACCCUUGGCAGGUGAACCAGCCACACUCAGGGUCACAAUGAUGGGGUUAGAGAACUACCCAUCCCACCAGCCCAAGAACAUCUCCCUGCUGGACUUCCAGGGGAGGACGCUCAGUAAAGAGGCCCUGACUCCGACCUCAGAGACCGGCACUUUCCUGGCAGAGUUCCUGAGUUUUCCAUCGCAAGAGUACUUGGUGCUGCUCGCAGGGACAGAGGAGGGCGGGAGGAUUUUCUGGAGGCAGAGUCCAUCUGUCACCUCCAUCAGCAGUACCAAACUCAUGGUCACGUUUGAUCCCAGCUUUAUCGCAGGUGAAAACAUUACCAUCCGCUUCAACAUUACCAAUGCUGGUCCGGGAUCUGUGUACAAUAUCUCUCUGGCUGACGAUCAAAAUGUCACAAGUGGAAACCCUCUGAGACUGUACGUUGGAAAGAACCAGUCUGCGGAGGGUAACCUGACUACCCCCACCCCCACCGACGUGGAAGCAGGAACCCUGGUCACAGUGACGCUCGAGGCCAAGUCCGACAUCGACUUCACCUACGCCGUCCUCCAGCUGACGGUCACAGAGCGGAAUGUGGACACUGACCCUCCUACCUGCCGGACCACCGCACUGACCGGCCACUGCCCUGCGAAGAAGGAGCAGGAGGCGGACUGCGCCGAGCGGACCUGGGUUCUCCACGCUGAGUUCUCCGAGCGCGGCACUGACUGGGCCAGUGUCCGGGCUCGCCAAGGCAAAGGGAACCUGACCACCGAGCAGGAGCAUAAAGGGGAGUUCCGUCUGACACUGGUGAAGUACAACUCCACCUGUUGUCACCCCUCCAUCACCCUGCUCGGGGUGGAUGCCUCUGGCAAUGUGGGCAGCUGCUUCAUCAAGGCCCCGAGUCAGGCCGGGCCCUCCACUGCUUCUGGUGGGGCCGCUGCUCUCCUAGGUCUCUCUAUCCUUGCCACUUCUCUGCUGCUCUGA